AAAGCAAAUAUUUACCCCUCUUUCUCAAAGUUUCCUCUCGCAAAUAGCUCUCAAACUUUCCAGAGAAUUAGGGUUUCUUCUAUCUUUCUCCCUCAAAAUACUCACUCUGCUCCGAUAAAUUCAACUUGCUGUACCUCCGAUUAAGCCAUGGAGGAUAAUGAAGGUGGAGAUGGAGUUGGUGGAGAGCCAAUCGAGCAGUUUCACAGGAAUGAAGCGAUCUCCGCUGUUGCAGAUGAUGGGUUUCUGGUUGAAGAGGAUGAUGAUUACGAAGAUCUUUACAACGAUGUUAAUGUUGGUGAGAAUUUUCUUCAAUCUCUUCGUAAGAAUGAGGAUUUAGUAUCUAGGAAUGAUGAGGUGGAGAGGAAGCCUGAGCCUGCCCCUCCGGCGCCUCCACUGGUGGCAACGCCGCAAGUGGUGGAUGAGAGUGGGCGUGGCGAUUUUCAGGGUGUGGUUGGAGAGAUGAAACCUGUAAAAGAGGAGGUAGUGUCUGGGGUUUCUGCUAGAGCGUCAGUAGGUGCAGGUGGGUCUGGGGCUUCUGUUGGUGGUGGGUUUAGGGUUGAGUUAAGUCACCCGUCGAGUACGAUGGGUGAUUUAGCUGAGCGGAUGGUGAGUAGUAAUGUUCCGAAUCAGGUGAUGGUGCAACAGCCUCAUGCUGGUGGUGUUGCGGCUGUUGGAAAUGUGGGUAAUGUUGGAAAUAUGGGGAAUGAUAAUUUGAUCAGGCAAGGAGGGCUUAAUGUGAACGGGGCGGGUAAUAUUGUUGCUGGAGUUGGGGUUGCUAGUGGUGGAGGAGGUGGUGGUGGUGGUGCGACAAUUCUUUUUGUUGGUGAUCUGCAUUGGUGGACGACAGAUGCUGAGCUGGAGGCUGAGUUGAGCAAGUAUGGACUCGUGAAGGAGGUGAAAUUUUUUGAAGAAAAAGCUAGUGGGAAGUCUAAAGGAUAUUGCCAGGUUGAGUUUCAUGAUUCCUCAGCUGCUUCAGCUUGCAAAGAAGGUAUGAAUGGACACAUGUUCAAUGGGAGGCCAUGUGUGGUCGCCUUUGCAUCUUCACCGUAUAAUGUGAAGAGGAUGGGUGAGGCUCAGGUGAAUCGAAAUCAACAGGUGGCCCAGACUGCUGUUCCCCAGGCAAGGCGGGGGCCUGGUGAAGCUGCUACUAAAAUUGGAAAUAACAACACUCCUGCUGGUGGAAAUUAUCAAGGUGGUGGUGGGGAUGGCAACAGGGGUUAUGGCAGAGGAAGUUGGGGUAGAGGUGGUCCUCAAGCUAUGGGAAAUCGAGGGCCUGUGGGUCCUAUGAGAAACAGGCCCGGUGGGAUUGCAGGAAGGGGAUUGAUGGGAAACGGUGGAGGUGGAUUUGGACAAGGUAUGGGUGGUGCACCUCCACUUAUGCAUCCUCACACAAUGAUGGGUCAAGGCUUUGAUCCUGCUUUUGGAGGGCCUAUGGGGAGAAUGGGUGGUUAUGGAGGAUUUCCUGGUGGUCCAGCCCCACCAUUUCCUGGUAUGUUAUCAUCUUUUCCACCUGUUGGAGGAGUCGGGAUGCCUGGCGUAGCUCCCCAUGUAAAUCCUGCGUUCUUUGGUAGAGGAAUGCCAAUGAAUGGUAUGGGAAUGAUGCCAGGCGCUGGUAUGGAGGGGCCUAACAUGGGGAUGUGGUCAGAACCUAAUGCGGGUGGAUGGGCUGGCGACGAGCAUGGUGGUAGAGCAGGAGAGUCAAGUUAUGCAGAAGAAGCUGGGUCUGAUCAUCAGUAUGGAGAAGCAACUCACGAUAGAGGGGCUUGGCCUAAUAACUUGAAAGAGAAAGAUAGAGGAUCAGAGCGUGAUUGGUCUGGUUCUACAGAUAGAAAACAUCGAGAAGGCCGAGAACCUUCCUAUGAUAGAGACAUGGUCCGUGAAAAGGAUCGGGGGCAUGAUCAGGAUUGGCCAGAGAAGAGAUACCGAGAUGAUAGAGAUGUCGCACGAGACCGGGAUCGGGACCGGGAUCGUGAACGUUCUCGAGAACGAGGGCGCGAUCGUGAGAGGGAUCGAGAUCGUGAUCGUCAUAGGGAUGAUAGAGAUAGAUAUGCUGAUCAUCAUAGGUACAAGGACCGUGAGCAAGAAUAUGACGAUGAAGACAGAGGAAGAUCAUCAAGGGGACACAGCAAAUCACGAUUAUCACAUGAGGAGGACCAUCGGUCAAGAUCAAGGGAUGCUGAUUAUGGAAAGAGGCGGCGUAUAACUUCUGAGUGAUCUGCGGGCCUUGCCUGCUUAUUAUCAAGGGUAUUUCACAAUGAGAUCGAUUAGGAGCUAAUCUACUGAGGGUUUGCCAUGUGUAUUCAGGCUUUCUACUGAGAGGCCUCCUUUACUACCUGCCUUCAUCAAACAGUUGCUCUCUGAAAUGUUCUGUCACAUACAUGCUUAUGCUCUUUUCCUGUUCAAGGAGCACUGUUCUCUCAGCACUAAGAAGAGGAUGUUCUUUGUCCGAAGGGCCUUCUCAAGCAUGAUGGGCUAGUUGGGAGGGGAAUACUAUUAUUUCUGUGGAACUUUAUCUUACCAAAGUUUUCACCGUUUGACGCUAGUCAUUCAUGGAAAGCAUUCCUUAUGACUUGCUGUGUAUUUCUAUGUGCUAAAGCUGAAGUGUUUUUUGUCUUUUCAAUUCUGGUGUAAAGAGACUAUAUAGAGGAUACUGAAUCACUUGUAGAUUUUUCUUUGAUUCAUUGUAAUUUAGAAGAUAUUUUAUGUUCUGUAAAUAUUUGACUGCCAGUACCGAUGGUACUGAAGAAUACACAGCUACCUUAUUAAAACAAGGGAAAAGGGUUAAAAAUGCCCUUAACGUUUCAUAAAUGGUUUUAAAAUGCCCUCCUUACACCUAUUAAAUGAAAAAUGCCUUCAACGUUUUUUUUAGGUCUAUAAAUGCCCUUUUUUAACAGCACAAUGACAUGGCAAUGACGAGUCAUUUAAUGAAACAAAUGGCCUCAUCUUAUUGGGCCACAUAAUUUUUUAAACCCAAUUUAACUACCCAAUCCAUCCAAAGUGAAAAACCCACCCAAUAACCCAUUUUAAAAUGAUGAACGAAAGUUUAGAAUCCAACACUUUAAACCCACCAAAUACUCUACUUUAUAGUCCAACACUUUAAACGAAAGUUUAUCAGAUUGUGUAAUUGAUUUAUACGAAUUAUGAUUGUAAGUAUUAACAACCAUGGAUCCAUUUGGAGCUUUGAAUGCGAUAAGCGACUCAGUGCCGAUCAUGGCGGGUGAAUUGGGUUAAUUCCCCAUGAAAUCCACCCAUUAGAAGAAGGCAGAGGAGCAGUGAAAGUGAUUGAAAGUGUCGAAUUUGUUGAAUUGUAAGUCCAGUGGAGAGACGAUUUCAGAGAAGGGAGAUCGGUGCAAUCGGAAUGGAAGGAAUAGGUGGAUAGGUUAUGUUCAUUUUAAAAUGGGUUAUUAGGUGGGUUUUUCAUUUUGGAUGGAUUGGGUAGUUAAAUUGGGUUUAAAAAUUUAUGUGGACUAAUAAGAUGAGGCCAUUUGUUUCAUUAAAUGACUCAUCAUUGCCAUGUCAUUGUGCUGUUCAAAAAGGGGAUUUUUAGACCUAAAAAAAAGUUGAGGGCAUUUUUGAUCUAAUAGGUGGAAGGAGGGCAUUUUUAAACCAUUUAUGAUACGUUAAAGGGCAUUUUUAACCCUUUUCCCUUAAAACAAUUAUAUCAACAUUCAACAACAACAAUGUACCCAAUGCCAUUCCACAAGUGGGGUUUGGAAAGGGUAUGAUGUAUGCAAACUUGACCCCUACCUUUGUGGGGUAGAGAGGCUGAAAAAAGACAGAUAUGUAGAAUUUAACUUCAUAAGAAAGUGACUGAUACUAUAAAAGCCUUAGGAAAAUGGAUGUUUCUUGGGGGAGAGUGUCAAGUUGCUCAUUCAAUUCUGUAAGUAAACAGCAUAUAUAUCUUUUGUAAACCAUCAGUUUUCUUUGUCUUUGCACUUUUUUGUUCUUAUGUGAUAUCCUUCAAGCUGAUGUAUGUCUAGUUUUUGGUAUUUGGAAAACAUAUGGCAUUUUGAAAAUCUUGCGAGGCUGUCAAAUUUCACGACUUAUUUGUUAAUUAAUCAAGAAGAACCCUAACAGACUGCCCUUUACUCCAUUGUUAUGGAGGGAUAUAAUUAACAUUUCUCUCAGGUUCUUCUAUGUGGUGGGGAAUCUUAAUAUAAAGUGAUGCAUUUCUAAUAUAAGCUUGAGACUUUGGAGUUGUUUUAACAGAAAUAGUGUUGUAAUUUAAUACUCCCUCCGUCCCAAUUUAUGCGGUUGUAUUUGACUAGGCACUAAGUUUAAGAAAGGAAAGAAGACUUUUUGGACAAAACUGAGUCAUGCCUGAAAGUAUCAAGGAUGCCUACAUUAGUUUGAUUUCUUGGAAAGAUCUAUGUUGUGUUUGGAAGGAGAGGAAUAGAUGAUGUUUUGAUGAAAUAUCAACUCCGAAGUACUCCCUUUAGGCUAAAUGUCUUUUGAAUUUAUGUAGUUGGAAUAGCUUGUCUCCCAGUGGACUCCCAUGUCAAACUUUUGGAUUUUGUUAGUUCCUUAUACAUAGCAUAGGACUCUUUGUAACAGAGCUAACAAUCUCUCUUUUGUAACUAUGCAUCUUCUUGAUACCAUUUAUGCUACCGCUUACUUUAUCAGAAAAGAAAGAAAGAUUUUUUGAAAUUGUGGUCUAAAACAAAUCAUAAACAUUUAUUCUGUUACAGAUGAUCUCAUUAAGAACAAUUAAGAGAUCAUCUCAUUAGGGGUAAGGUGAUAAGUUCAAAGUUAAAUUAUUUGCAAGUAUGACAUUUUUCUUGGGAUGAAAUUGGGAAACUGAAGGGAGUUUUUUCUCAUUAGGGGUAAGGUGAUAAGAAGUUUAAAAGUUAAAUUAUUUGUAAGUACGACAUUUUUCUUGGGAUGAAAUUGGGAAACCGAAGGGAGUUCCCUUUUUUGUUUAAAAAUAAUGUUCGCAUGUGAUGAAUUUAAUUUGAGAAACAUGGUUUGUAAGAAAGAUACAUAUAGCCGACCCCUACUUGCUUGGCAAUGAGGAAUGGUUGUGUGCUUAUUUAGACUUUUCAAUUUUGAUCUUACCACAUUAGACUGGUUGUACACUUCGAAUCUUGAUUAUUC